UACAUCACCGGAAGCAUGGAGCCAAUCAAUAUAUUACCAAUGUUUUAAAAGUGAUCGUUAGAUUCCAGUUGUACGCGACCAGGCUCUGAGGCAAAACAGUCUAUCAUAAUUCAAUUUAGGGAUUGUUUGGCGAACUGCGCAAACGCGGUAUUAUGGAUAUUAUUAAAGCUGUCAAGUAAAGAGGCUUGUAUCUGUUGUAUGAGUACAGUAGCUAACGAAAGAUCAACCUCUGGAGGUUACGCUGUAGAUAGAGAAUGUGGUUGGCGUAUCGUCUGCUGUACUAUUCAUGUAUCUUGAGCGCCUUUCUCAUACAAACUAAAGCGCUCAGUACUGGUAAACAUACUAGUCAGCUGGCAAACGGUCGAGAGAUCGUAAACAUUACACAUCUAAUGGAAGGAUACGACAUCAGAUUAAGACCCGACUUUGGUGGUCCUGCGGUUAUGGUCGGCGUGGAUAUGGAAAUAGCAAGUAUUAACAGCUUCUCUGAAGUUAACAUGGAGUAUACGAUCACAAUGUAUUUCCGACAGUAUUGGCAAGAUAAACGAUUAUCAUACAGUAAGGAACUGGGUAAUAUAUCACUUGAUGGGAGACAAGCAGACAAUAUCUGGGUUCCAGACACUUAUUUUGUAAAUGAUAAACGAUCAUUUGUACACGAUAUCACGGUGAAAAAUCGUUUAAUUCGACUGCACUACGACGGAACAAUUUUAUACGGGUUAAGGAUAACAACUGUAGCUUCGUGUAUGAUGGAUUUGCAGCAUUAUCCGAUGGAUGAACAAAACUGUACAUUAGAAAUCGAAAGCUAUGGUUACACAACAGAAGAUAUCAUGUAUCGCUGGGAGUAUGGCGAUAGUUCUAUUGAGGGUACAGAGAAUAUCGACAUGGCUCAGUUUACACUCGUCGACUACAGCGUACAAGCAAAAGUUCAAAACUUUUCCACAGGUCAAUACCCCCGCCUGACGCUUAUUUUUCGGAUGCGAAGAAAUAUAAGUUUUUUCAUCCUUCAAACGUUUCUCCCAUCGAAUCUCAUCGUCAUAUUAUCAUGGGUUGCUUUUUGGAUAAACCACGAAGCCACCUCAGCAAGAGUUGCCCUCGGUAAGCGCCCUCUAUCGGUACAACCAACUCUGCUGCAUGAGCUUAAUAGUUGCCAUGGAAAUUUAUCAUGAGGUUUUCCCUUUGUGGCGGGGUCGUGGUGAAUCCAUAUUUACAACGGAUCGUUAUACUGUAGUUAAUCUGUGUUUGUUGUGUUAUAUGUUUGUUUUCAUAAUCAUGUGUUCAUCUGCAUUAACAUUCAUUUUAAUUUCAUAUGAAGUGAAGACCAGUAGACGCGCGAAAAACCAGGCGGAGCAGACUAUAUACAUCCCUGGAAAAAACCAAUUGCCACACGUGAUGAACGUAGUCCCACGCGAAGUCCUGUAACUAUAAAUAGUCUUAUAACUCAUUAUAUAACUUCACUGGCCAUCAAAUUAUCAAGUUAAUAUAAAGCAUACUAAUAAUUCACAAGGCAAGACAUUGAUUUAACUAAUUUUAGUAUUCAAAUGACACAUUGUUCAUUGCUUAUGAUUUUUGAUUGCUAACGUGAAAAUUAUAAUUAUAACCAAGUUUUGUCCAUUUAUUAGAAAGGGUAAACGCAACUGUCUUGUGGGUAUGGUAACACAGUAACUUAUAAUUUGACAGUUAUUCCUGAUAAUUAGUUUCAUACUACCAAGAAUUUUAUUUGGACAAUCUUUAGUCAAUGCUUGGAGAAAUUAAAUCGGCCAAGUGGUUUGUCUGAGGGAAGAUUCAAUAUCAAUUGAAAGAAACAAACUCUUGGUAAAUAAAUUAAAUUUCAUAAAUAAACUUAGGAUUCAAUAAGUCAGGAAAUAUGAUCCCUAGUCUUUAAGGACCUCUUCUUGUAAAGGAACAAUUGUAUAAUCACUUGUUAAUAAUAAAAAUUAAAAAAAAAAACUUAAGUGGGUCAAACCUUACGAACUGAAGUUUAAUAAUAUAUCAUUGCUUCAAGAAUAUAAGCCAAUUCGUAGUUAGAACCGCGCAUGCUCGUAUCAAGGUCAUUUGACAUAAACACCAUUACACAACAUAGGUUUAUAUCGACUAACCUCGAUUGACCUUGGAUACGAGCAUGCGCAGCUCCAACCACGAAUUUGCUUAUUACCCAGCAAACACAAAACGUUAUCACAAACGUUGUGAACGUUAUGGUUAGCUUACGAGCCGUUCUAAAAUACGUACUGUUGGAUAUACAAAAGGAGUGUUAACCAUUUUCGUGAUGAUUAAUGAGGGCGCACUCCAACCCUAAUUUUAAGGUCAGGCAAAUUCGAAUUUUAACUGGCAGAAUAAACACUUUGUAUACAAAAUCGUGUUUUGAAUACCAAACUGCAACGUUAUUAUAAAGUUGAAAUAGCGUAAAAAUGUCAGCUGGGUUAAAUUGAAUUUCUGAGGAACAUACUGUAACUUGAUGACUAAAAUAAUUCCAUCAUGCAUGAUCAUUCAACUGCUUCACAUCUUGCUGUAGGUGGCGCUCUGCAUGAGCAAUUAACAUAACGUUAGCUGUUAGCGUAGAUUUAACGAAUGACGUUUCAGAAUCGGCUUUGAUGACGACCUGAGACAUCUUAAUACAGUGUGUAUGCUUUGGUUUUCAUUUCAUAAACUGGACUCAUCAGUUAAGUAUUUUAAUGCAUCAUGUGUCUAUCUCAGUAAAACAUGGUUAAUGAUGUAUCAAUGUCUACAAAAUCUCAAAUUAUUGAUGCAUCAUUUUGUAUUUAAUUCGGUUUGUUGGCUGAUACCGUAAUAAAAUAGAGUUUGUUUUUCGUCAACCAUGUAAACUAAGUGCAUGAAAUCAUUCAUUCAUUGUCAUGGCUUGAUUUCAAAGUAUCUUCUCCGUAGAUAAUAGAGAGCUUUCGAUUGAACGAUGCGAUCUAGAACGUAAUGACGUCACUGAUAUUUGGUCUGCGCAUGCGAGAACGUUCUCCUCGCCGUGUGGAUUCUAGCACGCAAUGUGGCCAAAUCUA